AUGGCCAGCAGCACGGGCUCGUUCGUGAUGCCGGACGCGGCGCCGUCCUCGGACGACAACGAUGACGUCGAGUCCCUCCCGUCCAUCUCCAGCGGCGUGCUGAGCGGGUCCGAGGCCGACUCGGAUGCGCAGCAGGAGUGGGACGCGAGCCUGGAGCAGCUGCAGCUGCUGCUCACCAUGGUGCUGGUGCCCUUUGCCGGCAAGUAUCUGGGGCGCAAGUUUGCCUACUGGAGCUGGGCGCGGUACAUGGAAUGGAUGCACAACGUCGAGGUGCGGUGGACGAGCAAGCGGACGUUCCAGGCCGCCGGCGCCGCGGAAGCCGCCAUGUCGCUGUGA